GAGAGUUCGGAUUCCCUCUCGCGCCCUUGUCUCGUCAUCAUCUUCCCAACGUCUCUCCUCUCUCCUCCCCUCUCGUUCUAAUUCACAGCAAUGGAGGAAACGGACGACUCAGAAAUCGAAUCGCAGGUUUAUAUGGCUUGCAUUCAGCACGGUCGUCGUGUUGGAGUUUCUUACUACGACUGUAGUGUACGCCAGCUUCAUGUGCUUGAAGUUUGGGAGGAAGAUUGCUCUGAUUUUACUCUGAUCAAUAUGGUUAAAUAUCAAGCGAAGCCAUUGGUCAUUUACACAAGCACAAAAAGUGAUGAAUCCUUUGUAUCUGCUCUACAGAAGAGUGAUGGAACUGACGAGGAUACCACGGUGAAGCUGGUAAAGAGCUCAACAUUCAGCUACGAGCAAGCGUGGCACAGGCUGGUAUAUCUUCGAGUAACAGGAAUGGAUGAAGGGUUGAACAUCAAAGAACGGGUUUGUUAUCUGAGUUCUAUGAUGGACGUAGGCAGUGAAGUCCAAGUUCGUGUUAGUGGGGGUCUUCUUGCUAUAUUAGAAAGUGAACGAAUUGUAGAUAGCCUGGAACAAAACGAAUCUGGGACUGCGUCAAUUGCAAUUGACUCAGUCAUGGAAGUACUGUUGAACAAGUUUCUUAAACUUGAUGCAGCUGCUCACGAGGCUCUACAGAUAUUUCAAAUAGAUAAACAUCCAAGCCAUAUGGGCAUUGGCAGGGCAAAAGAAGGGUUCUCGGUGUUUGGCAUGAUGAAUAAGUGUGCCACACCAAUGGGUAGACGGCUUUUAAGAAGCUGGUUUAUGAGGCCAAUUCUGGAUCUUGAAGUGUUAGACCGUCGUCUCAAUGCUAUUUCCUUUUUCAUAUCUUCUGUAGAGCUGAUGACAUCUUUGCGGGAGACACUGAAAUCUGUGAAGGACAUUCCCCAUUUGCUCAAGAAAUUCAACUCCCCGACGACCCUGUGUACCAGUAAUGAUUGGACAGCUUUUAUGAAGAGUAUAGGUGCGCUCUUGCACGUGAAUAAGAUAUUUGAAGUUGGAAUCUCAGAAAAUCUCCGAGAGCAUAUGAGACGCUUCAACUUAGACAUUAUUGAGAAGGCCGACUUAUGUAUCAGCACAGAGCUAGAUUAUGUAUAUGAUUUGGUACUUGGAGUCAUUGAUGUAACUAGAAGCAAAGAGAAGGGUUAUCAAACAUUGGUUAAAGAUGGAUUCUGUUCUGAGUUGGAUGAGCUGAGGCUAAUAUACGAAGAGUUGCCGGAAUUCCUGCAAGAGGUUUCAUCGAUGGAGUUAGAACACUUUCCUCAUCUGCAUAAGGAGAAGCUCCCUCCUUGCAUCGUCUAUAUUCAACAAAUUGGGUACCUCAUGUGUAUUUUUGAAGAAAAGCUUGAUGAAACUGCACUUCAUAGGCUUACCGAAUUUGAAUUUGCGUUCUCUGAUCUGGAUGGAGAGACUCAGCGAUUCUUUUAUCAUACUCCAAAGACAAGAGAGUUAGACAACAUUCUUGGAGAUAUCUACCACAAAAUUUUAGAUAUGGAGAGAGCAAUUAUAAGGGACUUGCUGUCGCACAUACUUUUGUUCUCGGCACACAUGUUGAAGGCAGUUAAUUUUGUUGCAGAACUUGAUUGCAUUUUAUCGCUGGCUUGUGUAGCCCAUCAGAAUCACUACGUAAGGCCUGUUCUGACAAUGGAAUCAUUGCUUGAUAUUCGAAACGGAAGGCAUGUUUUGCAGGAAAUGGCGGUGGAUACAUUUAUUCCGAACGACACUGAAAUCAAUGAUAACGGUCGAAUUCAUAUCAUUACCGGUCCUAAUUACUCAGGAAAGAGCAUAUAUGUAAAGCAGGUGGCUUUAAUUGUUUUCCUAUCCCAUAUUGGAAGCUUUGUACCAGCAGAUGCUGCAACUGUUGGUUUAACUGACAGGAUCUUUUGUGCAAUGGGAAGCAAGUUCAUGACCGCGGAGCAAUCUACAUUUAUGAUAGAUCUACAUCAAGUAGGAAUGAUGCUAAGGCAGGCAACUUCAAGAUCUCUGUGUCUCUUAGACGAGUUUGGUAAAGGAACUCUUACAGAAGAUGGUAUUGGCUUGCUUGGUGGGACAAUUAGUCACUUUGCUUCAUGUAAUGAGCCACCAAGGGUUCUAGUAUGCACCCACUUGACUGAACUACUUAACGAGAGCUGCUUGCCCGUUUCUGAGAAGAUUAGAUUCUACACGAUGAGCGUUCUGAGACCAGACACAGAAUCUGCAAACAUGGAAGAAAUUGUCUUUCUUUAUCGGUUAAUCCCGGGACAAACGCUGCUCAGUUACGGUCUACAUUGUGCACUACUCGCUGGUGUCCCAGAGGAAGUGGUGAAAAGAGCAGCCAUCGUGUUGGACGCCUUUGAGAGUAACAACAACGUGGAUAAACUAAACCUUGACAACAUAUCGUCUCAAGAUCAAGCAUUCAAGGAUGCUGUUGACAAGUUUAUGGAGUUUGAUAUCAGUAAAGGUGAUAUCCUUGCUUUCUUUCAAGACAUGUUCACUUCUUAAACCGUAGUUAGAUCACGGCACAUAAGGUUACAUCUCUUACUUACGGAAGCUAAUUUCCAUGAAGAUUUAGAUAUAUACCUGAUUUGUAAGAAGAAACUAAAUUCAUCAUCAAAAUUAUUUGUUAGAAAAGAGAAAUGCAGUAAGACAUCCUUGAAUCUAGUUGAAUUGGUGACAGGGAGAAAAUAUUAAUAACUAAACAUAUAUCCAUGUUUUUCUAAAUCAUUUAUCAAAACACAUAUGCAAUUUUAAGAUGUCCAAAAUUAACAAAUACAUAUCCAAUCAGCCUUGGAAAUAAUGUGAUAGACGAACUUGUUAUACAAAAAAGUGAAAUAAAGAUUUUGAACGUAUCAACUAUUAUAGUUUCCUUUAUUUUAUAUUUGUUUUUGGUUUUUAAAUGAUGGCCGACGUUUUGUCUGUGAUAUCUCUUUUUGUUCUAUCUUCUUUGCGUAUAAGCUAAGAGCACCCGCAACGCGGGAUGUUAACUAAUCCUUAUUGCUGGUCCUUAAGUUAAAUUGAUUAAAAAAUAAUAAAAUAGUUCCUGUAGCUAAGAAUGAAUCCUUAGCUAAGGAUAUUAAGGAUUUGAUCCUUAAGCUUGUUUGUGUCUUCAUGAAUUCAUCGCCAUCUUCUUUUUCUUCUCUCAAAGAAGCCCACCCGCUGCUGCGAUUACUACAACCAACUCCUUCUGUCUCCGAGCAAAGAUGUCGGCGACGCUAACGGGAUCAGGAACUGCCUUGGGCUUCUCAUGCUCCUCGAAGAUCUCGAAGAGAGUCUCCUCCUCUCCGUCCACUCGCUGCUCCGUCAAGAUGUCAGUCUCCGUCGACGAGAAGAAGAAGAGCUUCACCCUUCAGAAAUCCAAAGAAGCUUUCAACGCCGCCAAGAUAGAGUUGAAGAAUCUAAUGCCUGGAGGUGUGGACUCCCCUGUUCUGAAAUGUGGUGUUCUUGAUUUUGAUUGGAUUGGUCCAGGUCAGUGAAGCUGAUAAUUCAUUGCCUUUGGACAUACACAAUCAAGUGUUUCAACUUGUAGAGAAGGGAAACGAUGCAUUCAAAGAAUCUCGCUUUGAAGAGGUAAGAGAGAUGCGGAAGUUGAUCCGGACAUCAAAAAUAAUUCUAAGAAGCAGAAGAAAGAGUUGGUUAAAGCUGAGAAAAAGGCACCACCUCCAAAGAAGGUAGAGACCAGCACUAGUUCUGAUUCUGAGGAAUAAGUCAAGAGGAGGCUGCCCCUGUGAAGAAGCAACCAGAAAUCCCUAAAAAAAACAAGGCAGAGAGCAGCUCUUGUUUUAUUUUCAUUGAUAUAAUGCCCAAGUAAAUCAAGUCGUGAGUGGGGCAUUAGAUCUUUUGCACUAUGAGCGGGACCCUUGUGUACAAUUCGAUGCUGAUAGGAAGCUGUGGGUGUAUCUACACAGAGACAGAGAAGAAGAAGAUUUUGAAGAUGAUGGUACUUCAUCCACUAAGAAAUGGAAGAGGCCGAAGAAGGAAGCAGCAGAGCAAACAGAGGAACAAGAAGCUGUCACUGGAGCGUUUAAUGGGGAUGAAGAGCAAACCGGAAAUGAGAUGGGUUCAGAAAAGAAGACUGUCGAGCCUGCUGGUGUAGACUGGGAUCAAGGAGCAGCGGACCAACUUUGUAAUGGGGCUGGACAAGCUGCAGAGGAGGAGCAAGAUGUUGAGAACACUGCGCAGGGAAAUGAGACAACGAUGUGGGAGCCUGUUGUUUCAAAUCGUGUUGAAGAUAACACAUUUAUCUGCCAAGAGAACUCAGUGGCUGAUGAUUUUGACGAUGAAACAUGAUUGCUGAGAUGCAUUGAUACCAAGUAGGCUUCGAACUCUUUUUUCUUUUUUUAUUUUGUUGGAUUGAUCAGAUCAUCAUACAUAGUCCAAGAGAACUCAGUGGCUGAGAUGAAUUGAUACCAAGUAGGUUUAGACUUGUGUGCAUAUAGUAUAACAAAGUUUAAAUUCCUAAGGACUCUAUAUUGAAUUACACCAUUGGACAA